AGAAGCUAUUAUCCGGUCACAGGAAACACAUGUAGUAAGAAAGUACGUGUGAAAGCAUUUAGUGAUAUCUGUAUAGAAAUACAAGUUUAAAAUGUAAACAAAUGUAUGACUUAAAAUUAUUGAAAGUAUUGCCUUAUUAGAAGAUUAUAAAUUUAGUUAUAAAAAUGUCAGUUGUGUCUUCAAGAGUUAGUAGUGUUUCAUCACUUCUAAAAGAUCCUGGAAUUAGAUCACAACUUAUUAGACAGUCUAAUAGAGUAUAUUUGAAACUUCCAAAAAAUCUUAAAAGUAUUCUCUUUAAUUUUGAAGCUGGUAAUGGAACAAAAGAUUAUGAAGAUUUAAUAUAUAUUUUACGAAAUUCAGAUAUAAAGGAUUCAGAUUUCAUAGAGUUUUUAUCAAACGUAAGACAAUGUAUAUCAUUACUUGGUCCUGUUCAUAAAGUACUUGUAGAAACACUUCUACAAAUAAAAUGGACAAAUCGCUCUUUAGAUGUAACAUCUACUUAUAAAAUAUUUAUUGAAGAUUUAAUUUGUAUGCAAAUUCAUUAUGCUAAAAAUACUAUAGACAAUUUAGUUGAACAGUUUAAACCAGAUGACGAUGAUGGUACUGAGUGGAAAAUUGGAGUAAGCAAAGAAGACAUUCAGAGGUUAAAUCAUAUACAUAAUAUUCUCCAAAGAGUUAUAAAAGUUGUGCCAAUGUCAAGCAAACUUUUACUACAAUCUCUUGGAGCAAGGUUUCCGUAUUUCAUUCAGGGAAUUCAUACACAUGAAGUUUAUGUUCAUGCAUUAAUUCAAAUAUUAGAAUAUGCACCACAUUUGCGCUCUGAUAUUCUAUCUCUAAUUAUUAAUAGGUUAAUGGUAUUAGAUGUAAAUAUACCACGGUUAGAGAUAGAUAAUGAAGAAGAAGACUUAAUGGAUGAUAAUAGUGAAUGUAACAGUACUCUUGGUAAUGAGAAUAAUGUUGAAGAAAAUAACAUAACAGAAACAGAUAAAAUACAUCCAAUAGCUCAUAAAUUGGAUGUGUGUAUGGAACUAGUUCUAAAAUACAUGCACGACUUUUGUUUUACUAAAAAAGUUUUGCAAGUAGAAUGUUUAAAAAGUCUUUAUUUUGAUCUAUUGAAAAUAUUCGAAACAAUAAUAUUACCCACUCAUGCAAGUCAAUAUGUGCAGUAUAUUAUAUUCUAUAUUUGUAGUUUUAAAACUGCUGUUGUGGAGGCUUUUAUAGAUUGGUUAUGGCGAAAGGCAUCCGAUCCUAAUGUACCUUCUAUUAUACGACAGUCAUCUAUAGCAUAUAUUGCUAGUUUACUGGUUACAGCAAAAUUUGUUACAACUGGGUUAGUAAAAGCUGUCCAAUUAAAAAUAUCUCAAUGGAUACAUGAUUAUAUUAAUAUGCAAGAUCAUUCAAGUUAUAUAAUGAAUGAAAAUAAAGAACAUAGUGUAUUUUAUUCUGUCUGUCAAGCAUUAUUCCUUAUAAUUACUAAAAGACAUAAUGAUUAUUCUGAUACAAAAAAGUAUAUGUUACAUUUACAAGAGUUGGAUUUAGCAAAAAUUGUAACUUGUAAAUUAAAUCCAUUGAAAGCUUGUAAUCCUGAAAUUAUGCAUAGUUUUGCAGAUAUUACCCGAAUGUAUCAAUUGGCAUAUUGUUAUACUAUAAUUGAAAAUAAUACACGGAAUCAACUUCCUCUUUUCGAUAGUAAAAAAGGAACAACACCUAUAAUUGAAAACUUUUUUCCAUUUAAUUUUUAUAUGUUACAACGAAGUGGACAAAGGAUAACUCCCAUAUUGCGUGAUAAUAUUAGCAGUAGCGAACAUAGAACAACUAUUAAAUAUAGGGAAGACAUUGAACAUAUGUCUGAAUAUUAAAUUCAAUUCUUCAAAUUUAACAUGCAAUUUGUAAUCAUUUUGAAUAAAUGAAAAAUAUUUACAAAAG